AUCCAUUCAAACCAUAUGAUAUACCGAUCCUUUGACGAUAAGUGAACACAUGCCUCUGCGAUUGCCAUCUGAAACAACACCAAUUCGAACCCAGGUUAAACCACGGUUCAAAAUGUUGACCCGAUAACACCAUUCGAGUAACCAGUUGACUCGAUCGAAUCACCUGUGUCUUUUACCAAGGAAUUUAACAUAGCUGUCGUUACCGAUUGAGAGCAGGCAGCCUCGGAGUCCGAAUCCAUGGCUUCUUCUUCACGCUUCCUCUUUGCCCUCCCACUAUUUUCCUCCGACCCUUCUCCCUGAACGUGACACUUCCAAGUCCCCACCGCGAUGGCCAAAUGCGCGCGCCUCGAUGCCGCCAGCUUCCGCCUCUGGCUGGCCUUCUUCCCCUCCCUCCUCCGCCGAAGGCUCCUCCAGGCCGUGGCUUGCGGGGCCUACCUUCACCGUGGUCGCCGCGGGUCCUGCGGUGGAGCCGGCUUCAACGCGGCGAAGCAGCAACCCCGCCGCACCAGGCCCGGCGGUUCGGAGCGGCUCGUGGAGCUGCUGCGGGCGGAGUCCUCCGACGACUCCGGCUCCGACGAGGCGUCGGACGAUGAGACGCGGCGCAAGGUCGAGUCUUUCGAGGAGCUCCAGCGCGUCGUGGGCUGGCUGCAGCUCGACGGCCACAGUACCGGCGAGGAUCGGAGGGAGGAGGCGGCAGCGGAGGUGCGGAGGCUCGCGAAGGACGACCCCGGGGCGAGGGAGACGCUCGCGAUGCUCGGGGUGAUUCCGCCUUUGGUCGGCAUGCUCGACUCAGAUGAUCCCGACCUCCAUAUCGCCGCACUCUACGCGCUUCUCAAUCUGGGGAUCGGCAACGAGUUGAACAAGGCGGCCGUCGUGAAGGCCGGCGCGGUCCACAAGAUGCUAAAUCUGAUCGAGUCCGAUAGCUCCGCAUUGGUGUCGGAAGCGAUCGUCGCCAACUUCCUCGGCCUCAGCGCGUUGGAUUCUAACAAGCCCAUCAUCGGCGCUUCCGGCGCGAUUCGUAUCUUGCUAUCCGCCUUCCGAAGCCCCGACACCAGCCCGACAGCCAGGCAGGACGCUGUCCGCGCCCUCUUCAACCUCUCCAUUGCCUCCGUCAACCUCCCCCUCCUCGUCGACGCCGGCCUAGUCCCCGCGCUCCUGGAGGUGGUCGGCGACAUGGCGGUGAGCGAGCGAGUCCUCGCUCUGCUCUCCAACCUCGUGGCCGCUGGCGAGGGGCGGCGCGCUUUGAGCCGCUCCGCCGACGCGUUUGCCAUCCUCGUCGACGUCCUCGGUUGGAGCGACGCCAUCGCGUGCCAGGAGAAGGCGGCAUAUAUUCUGAUGGUGAUGGCCCACAAGUGCCACGCCGACCGAGCGGCCAUGCUCGAGGCCGGGGUCGUCUCCGCCCUCCUCGAGCUCACGCUGCUGGGCACGCCGCUUGCGCAGAAGCGAGCCUCGCGGCUUUUGGAGAUCCUAACCAUGGAUAAAGGAAAGAGAGUAUCGGAGAAUGGAGGACGUUCCGGCGUGCCGGCGGUGUCAGCGCCGCUGUGCGGAGGUGCAUCUGAGGCGUCAAGGGCGGAGGCGGAGGCGAAGGAGGGGAUGAGCGAGGAAAGGAGGGCGGUGGUGGAAUUGGUACAGCAGAGUCUGCAGACCAACAUGCUAAGGAUCGUCCGGAGAGCGAACUUGCCGCAGGAUUUCGCGCCGUCGGAACGUCUCCAAGCGCUCACCGCCCCCUCCACCACCAAAAGCUUGCCAUUCUAAAGAGAAGAAAAGGUAAUGUAAUUAUGAAUCGAAGGUUUUGCUUCUCCUCAAUUUUGCCUCUCUUCCGUCGUUCUCUUGCUAAAAGAACCGUCUUUGCUAUCGCUGUCUAUCAAUGUUGUGAGUCGUGACCCGUCUCUAUCCUCAAAAAUGGUUCCUUUAUUUUCAUGUGCGCUUCUCAUUCUUCUCUUCCUACUGUGGUUUCUUAUUAUGUUCUUAUUCUUCGCAUUGUAGUCUUAUAUAAGAAAGAUCAAUCAUUUUCAUUUUCCUCUCUCCGCUCCGCUCCCAGUAUUCUUCUUAUGAUCUCUGCUUUCGGUUCUCAGUCCUCACCCAAGAUUGCGUCUUUGGAGGCAAAAGUUUCUGCUACUAUUUGUUUCUCUGCUAUCUUCUUCUUGAUCUCUGGCACAAGUUGAGAAAAGAAGAAGAAUCAUAGUCAUCUUAUUUCCAAUACAGAAUUGGAGUAGGCAAUGUGUUGUUGCAGGAGGAAGAGAGAUCAAAGUAAGCUUCACGCAGAGCAGAGCAAGACUCCACCUUUCUGUCUCUUCCAUGGGUUACAUUUUUGUAAAGAUUUAGUUAGUCUUUCCUUUGAUUUCUUUUGCUAGUUUGUAUCUCAAGUCAGGGAAUAAAUAUUAUGUGAAUUGUAGUA